AUGGUUGAAAUUUAUGAAUAUCCUUUGAGUCCUGGUUUGGAUGAGCAUGAAGAAAAAGGAGAAGAACCGGAUUAUGAGUUGGAAGAGAUCGACUGUGAUGGGCUCAAGAAGCGGAUGUGGAAGGAUCGUGUGCGGAUGCAAAAGCUCAAGGAGAAGCACAAAGACGAAGAAGCUGAAUCCUAUUCAAGACAACAAGCGUCCCGGCAGAAGAAGAUGUCAAGAGCUCAAGAUUCGAUCCUCAAAUACAUGGUGAAAAUCAUGGAGGUCUGCAAAGGCCAAGGAUUCGUCUAUGGGAUUGUUCCUGAAAAGGGAAAACCUGUAACUGGCUCAUCUGAUAGCUUGCGAGAAUGGUGGAAAGAAAAAGUUUGUUUUGACAAACAAGCUCCUCUCGCCGUUGCUGAGUUCAUGGCACCACUUUUGGAGAACGAAGAUGGAGAGGUGGACUUGAUUUCGAAUAUGUAUCUUCUUUAUGAGUUGCAGGAUACGACUCUGGGGUCUCUUUUAUCGGCUCUGAUGCAACAUUGUGCUCCGUCGCAGAGGCGGUUUCCGCUCGACAGAGGUUUGGCUCCUCCGUGGUGGCCGACGGGGAAAGAAAAUUGGUGGGGCGAGCAAGGGAUGUCUCAGGAACAUGGCCCUCCGCCUUAUAGGAAGCCUCAUGAUUUGAAGAAGGCCUGGAAGGUUAGUGUUUUGGCGUCGGUGAUCAAACACAUGUCCUCGGAUUUAAAUAAAGUUAGGACAUUGGUGAGACAAUCCAAGUGUUUGCAGCAUAAAAUGACCGCGAGAGAGUCCGCCACUUGGUCGAAAGUGGUUAACCAGGAAGAAGCGCUUUUGGAGCUCACUGAGAAGUGUCUCAAAAUAUCAGCAGAAGAAGAAGAAGGAGAAGCUGAAGGGAGCAAGAAAGAUGAGCAUGGAAGUGAGAAAAGGAAGUGUGUGUUUGAGAGAGAGGUUCAAGAGAACACUCUCUAUGCGUGCCAGAACUCGAAAUGCCAGCAAAAUGAAAUUGGGGUAGGAUUCGUGGACAAGAACUCAAGAGGCGACCAUGAGUCUCAGUGUUCAUAUAGGGCGGAUCAGGAGAGUGAGCAUAGUGCUGAAGAAAAUAUUGAUCUGGACUCAGAUUCAUCAGCCUGGAGAAGCUUCUCACCCACAAAUAGCACUCUGAGCUCUCUCAGUCCACCAAUGAUGAGUCUUCCCAGUUCUGUAGAUGAUAGCAACAAAGGAGGGUUGAAUCUUCAGGAAUGGAUGAAUUCGGAGCUGGAGAAGGUUGAAUAUGGGAACAACAGUAGUGCAAAUGAAAGUGUGAAAGAAGUUGGAGAGGUUGCAGCAGGAGGCAUUAAUGCUGCAGGAGUACUGGAAGAUUAUGGAGGAUUUUGGGAUGUUGGAAUUGAAGAUCUAGCCAUUGAUGGAGCAUUUGACAUCCAGAGAAACAUGGAAGCAACUGAUGUGAAUGCUUUACAAGGGGAGACAACUGGUCAAGGAGUGAGUUCAAUUUGGGAUUUGGGAUAUGAAGAGUGA